AUGACUUCUCCUGCCUUGUUUACUCGAAGCCAUGUCCUCAAGGGCAGGGUCUUUCUGAUUUUGCGCGAACAUCUUGGCGAUGAGAACCUGGACCUGGCUGGCGGGGUUCUGUAUGAGUUGAUCGAGAUUGAUUGCGAGCACACUCACGAUCCUGGUGCUGCCUUUCAACGUUGGCGACAUGAUCACAUGGGCCGUUACCACGACCUCGAGCUUCCCCAUGUACCACACAUGACAACCAUAACAUCGUCCAUCAUUCCCACAGCAAAAUUGGCCCGUUGGCGAUUAGAGCAUUCUGAAAGAUACUCCUUUGUUCUCUCGGACUCGUCACCUGUUGAAGAGCGGCUGUCCCUUGAGGGUAGCUGUAUUCGAAAUCGAAAAUCAUGGUUGAUCGACAACACAUUCUACGUAUCGUCGCGGAAUAUUGGCACGUUCCCAAUGCGUGUUCCCAACCCACAAGAGUUUCAUGAGAUGCACUGGAGUGCUCAGGAUGGUCAAGCUGGGAGCAUAGGCAAGUCUUUUGACGAAAAGAUGAUUGAGGUUCCACCACUCCAUCAGCGCAGUCGAUUCACUCCUCCAGGAAGUGCUACUACAAGGAGUACUGCAAGUGUGGACCAGGACUUUCGGGAGUCUUUACCACGAUCCAGUCUACUCAACAAGAUCGUAGACAGGCUGUCGAAGGGGAGAAAUGAAGAAGAGUUGGAGCAAUGGCGAAGAAGUUCGCUAUGCACUGCCCGGUUCGAGUCGAGCACAGUAGCUGUAGAUGAGAGCAGUUUGUCCGAGAACACGACUGUCCCCCUUCCGGAUGGAUGUGAGAUUCCGAAUGCGAUCUUUGCGAGGAAACAUCGCCUUGUUGACGAAGGGCAAUCUUUACCCACCGAUGUCUUUUUGAGACAGAUGACCACCGCGGAGUCCAAGGCCACCGACACGGUGGUGGAAGCUGCAAACUCAGGCAGUCAUUUCAGGGGCCCAUUUACGCCUCAACUAGGCUACGAUGGUGGAUUAGAUUAUCGCUGGACACUCUGUGAACUGUCACAAUCCCGGUCAUCUGAGUCAAAACUUGAGCGUGCAAAGACGGGUCGAACUCGCAGGCAAUCUGUGGCCGAUGAAGGAGGAGCAGGAACAGAAACACAUGCCCCAGAAACGGAUUCACAUGCGCGAGCAAAGAGAAGAAGCUUCCAUUUCGGGCUCGAUAGUGCAUUUGAAUGGCUUUCGAGUCAUCACAGCCGUGCAUCUGUUGAAGCAGCCGCGCCAGUCACCCCAGAAAGAACAGCAAGUCUGCCCAAAAGUUCACGGUUACUUUCCUCUCCAUCGAGAAGUAGCGCUGCUGACCCUUCUGUCUUUUCGUCUAAGGUGCAAACAUCAGCAAGACGCCGUUGGCGAAAUACUUUGCUGUUCGAGAACGUAGAGUUCAUCGUGCCGGCGGAUGAGAAAGGCAGAGGGAGAAAUAAAAAGGAACAGAAUCGAAAAACGACAAUCAUGCAGGUGACGCCACCUACGUUGCCGGCUCUACGGGGGCUGCCUUCAAUUGCGGAUGGCCUCGCAUAUCCGAAUUGA